AUUCAUCCAUCAGUCAAAUUUUUAUCAAAGCGUGGGAGGAAGUGUUUUGAAUAACUUCAGUGUCUUACAGUGUUGUUAAGUAUUAUUAUGAGUUCGUGGUUCUAAAGCAAGCAUACGGAGAAAAAAAUAAUAAAAAUGUGUGAAAAAUCGAAGUUUAAAGAUAUUUUAGAACCUAGGAAGACUGAAUCUGGUAUAUUUAGUUUUAUGUCCAAAGCUUGGUACCCGAAGAGAACACAAACUUUGGACAAAAUUUAUUCUCCACAAGAUAUCAAGGAUGCUGCUGCUUCUUCUCUGUUUAUGGAAGCAAUUAUUGAAGCGGAGAGUUCCAAGAGUGGUGUCAGCAAAGAGAAGCUGCGGAGAGAGGUGCUUCAGUACAUCAAUGAGAUUGGAAUGGAGAAGAAGAUGCAUGUCAUCAGGUGGAUAGGCAUUCUAUCAUUGAAAGUUGCCUUCAAAAUGAACAUUGGGAUCUAUGUGAAUGAGCCUGCGGUUUUAAAAGUAAAAUCCACUAUGGGCAACAACCCAGUCCUAUUCUUGCCGACACAUCGUAGCUAUGCUGAUUUCUGUAUUCUGACUUACCUCUGCUACCAUUAUGAUAUUGAACUACCUGCUGUUGCCGCUGGGAUGGAUUUCUAUUCGAUGUUUAUAAUGGGCCAGCUGAUGCGCGAGACGUGUGCCUUCUACAUCCGCCGCACGCUCACGGGGGCGCCACUGUACGCCGCCACCCUCAAGCAGUACGUUCGCUCGCUGGUGGCCAAGCACGCGGCGCCUGUCGAGUUCUUUCUAGAAGGCACUAGAAGCAGGAGCAAUAAGAGCUUACCGCCUAAGUAUGGUAUGCUCUCAAUGACGCUGAUGCCGCUGUUCGCCCGCGAGCUAUCAGACAUCACAGUCGUGCCGGUCAACAUCAGCUACGACCGGCUCAUGGAGCAGAACCCUUACGCUUACGAACUGCUGGGUGUGCCCAAGCCGAAGGAAACCACUAAGGGCCUCCUAAAAUGGAUAACCACGCUAAACGGUCACUUCGGCAACAUGUACAUAAACUUUGGUGAGCCGAUGUCAGUCCGAGACUAUUUGAAAUGGACGCCGUACACCGACGAGCGCCUCAAGCCUUCAGAGUUGCAGACAUUAUCUCCUGAGCAGUUCAACCAAGUGCAAGACGUGGCAGAUUAUGUCGUCACGCAACAACAGGCCAAUUCUGUAGCGACUAUAUCAAAUUUACUUGCAUUAGUGUUAAUGGAAAGUCUGAUGAAUCAACGAGCGUUGCCGUAUGAUGAAGUUAUAUUAGAAGUGGACCGAAUGAUAAAGGUUCUAAGGAGUUUAGGAGCCACAGUAUUCGAAGACGAUGUGAGAAAGAAUGUCGAUAGAGUAUUAGUUGUGCAGGCCAAGUCUUGGAAGUUAGAUAAAGAUAGACGACUCCGAAUCAUUUCAUCGGCGCCUAUAGAUGUCACGGAUGAGUUGAAGAAGAAAAUGAAAGGUCACACAUUAAAAGCGGAGACAAUGGUGAAUGCGAUUCCAAUAAUCCAAGUUCAAAUGUACGUGAAUCCGAUGCUACACUAUCUUGUGCCUUCUGCGCUCAUAUCCGUUAUAGUACAAAGGGGACCGCAUACAUAUGAUGAUCUAGCUCGGCAUUAUAAAGAACUAAGAAAAUUAUUGCGGCACGAGUUUUUCCACAUUGAAAAGACUGAAGAACAGACGUUCCAAGCGGCGUAUGAUUACUGCGUGCGAAACGAUGUGGUGCGUUCAGAUAGCGAGGAAGUUACGAUGGGAGGGCCCGAGGGUGUCCGGUUGAGAAGUCUACUCCAACGGGCCGUGUGGCCCGCGCUGUCAUCCCUGCUAUUAUGUGCUGACGUCAUGACUGAGCUAAAGACAUGCGAGCACAACCGGGCGUUGAAGCUAGUGCAGGAGCGUGCAGAAAGCGGCCCCUACCACCCAUACUGUCUCAGUCUGGAUUCCGCCACACAUUGCCUGCAAGGAUUCGUGCUGGCUGGUGCUCUGACCAGGGAUAAGCAAGCUAAAAGCACAAACUACAACCUGGUGCCAGCGGUUAUGGCGGAGUGCCGCAGCUUAGUUCGCUCAGUGCUGCCAUCUUUUGCCGUCGACUUCAGCUCAAGGAACGCGGUCAUGCUCGACUACAGGACCAAGUCUCACUUGUAACACAAUAGCUCAUGAUUGUACACUCGACAGCUCCUCAGCCUAUACUAGCAAAAUCAAAAAUAUUUAUUCAGUACAUUGCUGUUGCAAAAAUAGCACCUAUUGGAAGAUAAGAAGGUUGAGUGUUUAGACUAGGCGCAGAUCACCGACUUUUAGUUGGCCGAUAGUUAGGCCCGAUUCUAAUUUGUAUGAAGAAUCGGCCGAUACCAAAUCGGUGUAAUGUGCGUACUUUCAUACAUCUCCAUACUGAUCAACAACCCGAACCCAACUAUCGUCCGAAUAAAAUAGGUGGUCUGCGCCUAGGCGUAGGUUGAUGUGCUGUCGUCUGUUAUAAUAAAUUAUUAUAGUUCAAUUAGACAUUCUCUUGUCUGCCAUGGUAUAUUAUAUUGAAAUAAGCGUAAGCGUUAAAUAUAUCUAUAUUAUUUAACGCAAUUUUUGCAAUACUCCAUUCAAGCGAUUAGGAAAUAUACAAAUCUAAAAUGUAUUAUCGAAAUAGAUACCCAUUCCAACCCCAUUUACAUUUAUCUCAAGUUGCUUGAUAUCGAAUAUAGUUUUUAUCUCCGGUUGCGUCGUAGAUAAUGGGAAUAUACUAUACUGUUUGUUUUACCUGCGGUAUUUGUUCUGUAUUUAUUUUAUAUGCUGUGAGUAUUGAACUAGUCCAUUUGUCAUGGCUUAGUAUUUACUUUUCGGCACUCUCAAUACAUCGAAGUCAAUAUAGCUUUAUUAGUUCAUGGUUAAUGAUACGAUCAAUUAGUACUAAGUUUAUCAAUCCCACUAUUACUUUAGGGAAUAUAAAACAUUAGUCUCCCAACGAUAUAUGCGACGUGGCUACCUAUAAAGUAGUGCGAAUUUCGGAAUGCGACCUAUAGAUGAAACGAAGACGCGCCCCACCAAUUUUUGGUCGAGGGAAGCGCGGGGUGCGGGGAGUUUGAUCCGAGCAAUCCGAGCGUCAUUAUUGUAGUGUGCGUGUGCACUCAUGGAUAAUUUGGCGUGUACCGAUAACACUCAAACAUUAGCGGAAGAAUGGUGGGGCGCGUCUUUGUGGAUGAAACUAUCUAUAUCUAUCUUCAUUUGAAUGGUAAUUGUAAUACUUUUAACUGAUGUAAGUCGACUUGUUGUUGCAAUGUGAUUAAUGAAUUCUGAAAAUUGAUUUAAUAUACAAUUAAUGUUGACGUAUUAUACAAAUUCGAAUGUUUUCGAUGUCACAAAUAUGCAAUCAGUAAAGGUCAGACAAAUGCUUAUUGAGCCCGACUUUACGCCGACGCCUUCAUGAGCGAAUAAGUGAAAGCAUAAUAUAUUUAAAAACAAACUAGAGUUUUUGUCAUCAUAGAAUAUUACUCUACCUGUCUUAAUUAAGUAUUCAUGUCAAUUUGUAUUAUUACGUGUAUCAUAAUCUAGUCGUUUAAUCUUUUUCUUUGCCUGGCCCAUCCCCAUUUUAUUUGAGGUAAUCUAGUCGCUUUCUUUCUUUUCUUUAAUGUUAGCAUAACUUCGAAGUAUUUUCUUUCUAUACUUAUCUAUAAAGGUGUAGUGCUUAAAUAUAUGUACACGUUUUUUGCCAUGUUUAUUGUGCCAAGUCAGUAAACUGAUAAACUUCCUGCCUAACAACUAAUGCGUGAUGUUGAUAAAUAAAUUCGUUGUUAGAAUUAGCUGAUAAUAAUUAAAUAUUAGGGGUUUCCAAUUGAGUCAAGUGAAUCGUUGUGAUAGGUAUGAUUGUCACUGUCUUGUGAAUAACGAAAUUUUUACAGUAUAAAAGUA